GGAGUGCCAGCCCAGGAUAUGAGUGGUAUGCAUAUGGACGGGGGCGCCGAAGCGUAUAAUGGGUACAUGAAUCGGAAUGCCGUGCAUAUGAGUCAGGGAUCAGUUGCCCAACCCCCCGCGCAAUUGCCGAAUAAUAACAGUAAAAAUAAUAUAGUUCAACAACAGCUACAACAACAACAACACCAGCAACAGCAUCCACAACAACAUCAGCAACAACAUCAUCAUCAGCAACAACAACAACAACAACAACAACAGAAACAACAACAACAACAACAACAACAACCAAUGAACGAACACAAAAUACUGGAGCUGGCACAAGGCUUUAUUAACCUUGCAAAGCAGAUAACUACGCAACGCCCGAAUCUGGACCCCUUCAUUAAGCUGGUGCUGAAUUGUAAAGUGGACUUCGACUCUUUCGUAGAAAAACUGGUAGAGGAGCGUAUGCUCGAUGUGUCUGGGCGGGAAGCAUUCAAAACUCAAUACAGACUGCGAUUCCACGCACUGGGACAGUUCCGAGCGUUAAGACAGAGACAGCAGAUGGAAGCCAUGCAACGUACUAAUG